GGAUCAGAUCGCAUCCUGGCACAUUGAGCCCCUCGCUCAACCACAGGCUCUGCGACGUCAAUGAUCGCUCAGAUUUUAUAACUGAUCUGUGCAUUUAUAGGUGGCAAACUACACUGAUGCUUUGUAGGGAAGCUCAGUUAAAUUUUAUUCAUUACUAUUGGAGUGGUUGCACCACAGAUAUGGCCGAAAUUGCUGGUCUUGCUUUGGGAGGUAUACCAAUCGCGAUUUGGGUUCUUGAGAAACGACUCUUUGCAACCUUGGACUUGAUGAUCAGCCAUCGAGGGAAGACCUGCACAAAUGCUUCAAUACCAAGUUCCCGAGUAUCUCUCGCGAACUGAUUACUAUCGUUCAGCGUAUGGACGAUGUUACUGCUAGACUUUUGAAGGGCCUAGACGUCGAUUUCAAUGAAAAGCCGAAUAGGACUCAAUGGGAAUGGCAUCGAGUGAAACAUAGCUUUAGCAUUAGAAAGCGCAAAAAAGUGAUCGACGACCUAAGGCGUUGGAAUGAUGACUUAAGGAGGGCUGUUGAGAAACCCGAAAUGCCUGCAGAAGAUGACAGUGGCACAGUCCAAAAGCUCAAACGCCGCUUCAAUAUUGAGCGUUGCAAUUCAAUCCGUCAGUGCUUGAGCUCGCUUCACCGAGCACUGGAACGUGGAUUUGGUUGUGCCUGUUCACCACCUCACCAAGCUGCCAUCGAUCUUGACUGGGAGACAAUCGAAUCUAGUGAAGCUAAAUCUUUCAAAAUCGCUCUAUCGUACGGAACACACUCGCAAACGCCCCAGCUGCUUGAUAUAUGGCGAAAGCUUCAUGUUACACCACAUUCCCCCAGCAAGAUAUCCAGCUCGGUUCCUAAUUUACAGAUUCCACCGCCCACUUCUGUUAGAGCUUCUUCCCCAUCUUCUCUCCGAUCCAAGAUUCCGCACUUCAGAUUCCCUUCACUGUCCCGGACACCAUCACCGCCACCUACUCCGUCGGUUUUGUCAUCGGCGUCGACUGCUGUGUCAGCCACAGCGAGUACCGAAAUAACCAGUCUCUGUCAUAUAUCAGACACAGCAUUCAAUCUAUGGACACUCGAAGGCUUCCUUAAAGACUCAGACGAGGACCAAGGUCGACAAUUCUCCUUCGACCACAACCAACCUGAUUUGCCAGAAAUCAUCAAAGCAGUUCCUCUCAAGUCUCUACUUUUAUCUCACGAGCAGCCAGCUCGGCGACAAGCCCCUUAUGUUCCACUGUCCGCAGAACAGAGGUACGGCAUGGCCGCCUCCGCCGCCUGGUCAGUCUUGCACCUGAGUGGCAGUCCCUGGCUCGGUGACCGCUGGGACGAAGAGCAAACGAACAUUUUUCUCGAGAGAAAAAAAGGUGACGGGGAAAUUUUCUCUCGAUACCCAUGUGCGUCGUAUAGAUUUUUACCGCCAACAAGUCCGGAGCAGCCAGUCGCGGAUGACUUCAGCUAUCUCAUCCCUAACAGAACUGUCUUCGCACUUGGAGUUCUUCUCAUCGAGCUCUGCAUCAACAGGCCAUUUGCAAAUAUCCGGCAGACCAGUGAGAGCCUGACGGCAGCCUUGCAGCUUGAUUACUACCAGGAUGUGGUGAGCAAGCUGGAAGAGGUACGCCUUAUUGCGGGAGACUCCUAUGGAGAUGCAGCGGAACGUUGUGUUAAGUUCACGUUUCCAGGGCGGGAUCUCUACAAGAAUUUUAUUUUCUCUCAGUUUCGGCAGCAAUUUUACGACGGUGUGGUUGCGCCGGUGCAGGCGACUUAUCUGCGGUUUCAGGAUUAGUACAUUCCUGUCUAGGCUCUGCACCAGGGACCGUACGCUAUGCUCUAU